GGAGACAGAAUGAUCCUCUGUUUGAAAGUAAACUUCAGGCAUGGAUAGCAGCAUAACUGUAUAAAGUCCAUACUCCAAUGCAGUCAUGAAAGUCUGGAAAUUAUGUCCCUUCAUCUUCGUCUGUCUGCUUUUGAGUUCAACGCAGGGGGAGGACACAGUGUCGGAGGACAUUGGUGUCCAUCAGCUGGAGCGUUUAGUGGAGUUGUUGACGUCUAGUGAGUGUGAGGACCUCAUGUUCGCCCUCUCACAUCCAGAGGAGAAUAUUUUCAAGCACCUUGAACACCUCUCACCAGAAAGAAAUCGAGUGGAUCUCAAACCACGAGCAAAGAGAGACACCUCAUCUACAGAAGAUAGCGAGGCUCAGUGCCGGACAGCCCUGACAGACUGGCUGCUGAAGUAUGGAGAGCAGACCUACUACGACAGGCUCACCCGCGCCUUGCAGCACAUCGGCAGGACAGACAUCGCCAUUGAAGUUGGGAAGAACAUCAACCAGGACAAAGUCUUGAGCCUGAAACGCUACGUAGAAGACUAUCACAAAUAUGUCGCCUCUUUAAAUGUCCCUACUGUGCAACCAAACACAAAGACUGGAAAGAGUGAAGGCAAGAGAGUCAGAAAGAGAAAGGUGAGGGAUCUGACAUGGCGUGACCUGGAUCUGAUUGUAGAGCGGGCUCCUGUGCCGCCAUAUGAGAAAGGACCUCUGGACGUAACUCUGCCAAUCUUAAAUGGCUUCCUGCUGGGUUUUGGAGGUACCUUGCUAGCAGGUGCUGUUAUACUUUUCAUCAUCGUCCAAAUCUCUAAUCGAAGUCAGAACACCUGUCAACCCAGGAUCAACAUUCGCUCGAGCAAUAAGCUUGUUGAGGAUAAACCGUCGGAAGAGGGGAGCUUCUUGGAGGACAGGGGCCAUAAGAGAGGCAAUUUGAGGGUUUAAGUUGUCUUGAACGCCUUUAAAGUGAAACUGCAACUGCAUGCAAUCAUAAAUAAAUGAAAAAUAUUUACAG